AUGGCGUCGGUAUCCUCCCUAGAUCAGGAUAUGCGCAGGCUGCGCAUGUCGCGUUACACUCCCCAAGCUGCCAACGAAGUCCGGACAUGGAUCGAGGACAUACUCGGAGAAAGACUGCCUGCCGGAGACCUGCUGGAGGCUCUCAAAGAUGGCACAGCAUUAUGCAAACUUGUCAAUCUCGCCGUUCCAUCCCCCGGCAUCAGGUUCAAGAAGUCGCCCAUGCCAUUCAUACAGAUGGAGAAUAUAUCCCACUUCCUCCGCGCCUGCGAACUCCCCCCGCUCAACAUGCCCUCCCACGACCGCUUUCUCACCGUCGAUUUAUUUGAGUCCAAAGAUCCGGCGCAGGUGCUGCAAUGCUUGGGCGCCUUCAGCCGAGUGGCCAACUCCAUAAACCCCUCGAGAUUCCCUUCUGCAAUAGGUCCCAAGCGCGCAAAUCAGAUGAGCCCGACUACCACGGGGGCCACCACCACCGGCGGUUUCAACACGAGCACUUAUGGAAGAGGCAGAGGGGCUAGCAAUACAAGCACAACCAGCGGCUCGACCACCUUCAAUCCUAUUUCCCGCCAAGCUCCGCCGCCAUCAGCGGAUCGAGCACUCAGUCCUGUACUUACAGGUGGCUCUGCGUCGUCAAGAGCGACGGAUGGCGCGACAAAAUCUCCUCAGGGACCGAUGAGCAGCUGGAGUAAAAAGACAGAUGAGGGCGUCACUGCACCGGCGUGGAAUAUUCAUCAAUAUGGCUACAUGGGAGGCGCAAGUCAAGGCAACCAAGGGAUCUCAUUUGGUGGGCGGAGGCAAAUAACUACUGCUGGACCACACGUUCCCAGUCUGGCAGAGAAAGAGCGAAAGAGGCGGGAACAGGCCGCCGAAGACGAGCGAUUGCGACAACUGGCCGAGGAGGCGGAAAGCAAACGCCGUAUCGAACGUGAAGCUGAGGAAGAGCGUGCCCGGAGGGACGAGGAGCAACGAUGGGAAGAAGAAUCGCGGAGGCAGCGAGAAGACGAAAAACGCCGCGUCGAAGCCCAGAAGCGGGAAUGGGAAGAGCAAGAGCGGCAGUGGAAGCAAGACGAAGAACAAAGAGUCCGGGAAGAAAAGGAAGCCCAAGACCGCGUAGCCAAAGAGACCCAACGCAAACGCGCCCUCAGCGACGCAAGACUGAAAGGCACGUUCGCAGACCAACCCGGUAAACCCAGGAGUCGACGCAACAGCCACGCCGACCGCGAACGCGACCGAAUCCAAGACCUCGAGCGCCAGCUCGAGGAAGCCAAAGAACGUGAGCGUCAGUACCAGCUCGAACGCGAAGAACGGCACCGCGACGAGGCUCCCAGUAAAACCAGCGCACGAUCACGUAGCAAGAGCAAGUCUCGCCAGCCAUCUGCACCAACCCCACAACCACCAGGUGCCUUCGGCGACGGCGCGAGCGAAGUCUCCUGGGCCGGCGACGAACGCGAGUACCUCCGCCAGCAAUGGAGCGAGCACAAAACCCCGCGUCCUCUACCCGAUCCUGUUUCUGCAGCUGCCCCUUCUCUCCCGACUCGUCCCCUGCCAGAACCUUCCUCCCGCCCUCUCCCCGACCCGUCCAAUUAUGCAUUACCGAAACCAGCACCGGCUUCUCGAACCGACCGCUUCCUCGCUUCCAACCCUCCUCCCCUAGCCGCAAAACCCGCAUCCCACUUCCCCUCCGAAAUGGGCCUCACAUCCACCUCGGAGCGCGCUGCCGAAGACGCUCGUCGCGCGGCUGCCCAAACCAAGACCAAAGCCGGCGGUUGGGCGUCCAAAUCACUCCUCGAACGUGAAAUGGAGCGGGAGCGCGAGCGGCAGAAAGAGUGGGAAGAGCAGCAACGGGCAGCAGCAGCUGCGCCGCGGGAUACGACUCAGGGCACGGGAGAGGGCCAGAGUUGGGACGUCAAUCAGUAUGGGUAUUUGGGCGGAGACUCGCAGAAUAGGGGCGGCGAGGGGAUUAGAUUUGGGGGACGGCGGCAGAUUAUUGGGCCCAGGCCGUUGGGGGGGAAGCAUUGA